UGCGGUGUUGCUGGGGGCGCGGGUUUGCGUCUGCUCCAGCCGCCUCGUUGUUCCCUUUUCUUUUACGCGCGUGUGCGCGGGAGGCCGAAGUGGUCCGUCCCGUCUGGGUCAGCGCCUCUCGGGGCUUAUCUUUUUGUCCUUCUCGCCCCCACCCCUGCUCCGAGCGCUUCCACAGAGGGAUUUUUUCCGCGUUUCCCCGGUCCGCGCCCCUUCUCUCCCCGUACCCGGCCGGGGGCUUGCGGCGCUUCCCUCUGGAUGCGUCCCCGCAGCCCCGGGCGGGAGGCGGCCAGGGGGAAGCGCUGCCUCUGGGGAUUUACCGCUGUCUGGUACUCGGACUCGUGCCGCCGCCCCCUUCCCCAAGAGGCCACCCGGCACCCCGGCUCCGCUGCCGCUUCGGGCCGCGGCCAUGGACGACAAAUACCUGCCCGAGCUGAUGGCGGAGAAGGACUCGUUGGACCCGUCCUUCACCCACGCCCUGCGGCUGGUCAACCAAGAAAUUGAAAAAUUCCAAAAAGGGGAAGGGAAGGAAGAAGAAAAGUAUAUUGAUGUAGUCAUCAAUAAAAAUAUGAAACUGGGGCAAAAAGUUUUGAUUCCAGUAAAACAGUUCCCCAAGUUCAACUUUGUGGGAAAACUUUUGGGUCCACGUGGCAAUUCCCUAAAGCGUUUACAGGAAGAAACCCUAACAAAAAUGUCCAUUUUGGGAAAAGGCUCCAUGAGGGACAAGACAAAGGAGGAAGAGUUGAGAAAAAGUGGAGAGGCAAAGUACUUUCACCUAAAUGAUGACCUGCAUGUUUUAAUUGAAGUAUUUGCUCCACCAGCAGAAGCAUAUGCCAGAAUGGGACAUGCACUGGAAGAAAUCAAGAAAUUCCUCAUCCCUGACUACAAUGAUGAAAUCAGACAGGCACAGCUUCAAGAAUUAACAUAUUUAAAUGGUGGUUCAGAAAAUGCAGAAGUUCCAGUAGUUCGUGGAAAACCAUCUAUUCGAGCAAGAGGAGUACCAGUUCCUGCUUUGUCCAGCAGGCUGUGUCUGGGAACUUCACUGCUCACCCCUGCCCCCACUACAAUGAAGUCAAAUAAGCAGCUGGUACCCUGUCCUGAGGAGGCAUUCUACAGAUUAGCCAAAACCAAGGGCCGUGGAGGAGUGCCUCCACCACCUGCAGGUGUACCAAGAGGGGCACCAGCACCCAGAGGAGUGCCUCCCAGUAGAGGACCAGUCAGUCGCAGUCGUGGACUUCUAGCACCCAGAGCACGAGGAGUACCUCCACCUGCAGGCUACCGACCCCUUCCACCACCUCCGGCACAGGAGACAUAUGGUGAAUAUGAGUAUGAUGAUGGUUAUGGAACUGCUUAUGAUGAGCAAAGCUAUGACUCGUAUGAUAACAGCUAUAGCACUCAAGCACAAAGUGGAGCAGAUUAUUAUGACUACGGCCAUGGACUAAGUGAAGAAACAUAUGACUCUUAUGGGCAAGAAGAAUGGAGCAACUCACGACACAAGGCACCUUCUGCAAGGACAACAAAAGGAGUCUACAGAGACCAGCCAUAUGCCAGAUACUGAUUGUACUGUCUGAUGUUGUGAAAUAUCCAAUCUCCACCAGUCCUGUAUACUGUUCAAAGUAAUUUUUUUCUAUGAACAAUCCCUUUUUUUUAAAUCAAAGUGCAUAAAAAUCUGAAUGGAUGGACUGAACUUAAAAUACUUUGUGGAAGGAACAACCUGGACAGAAGGAUGUGUAAAGCAAGGAACUUUGUUAUUUCCAAACUGUAUUUGAAAAAAUAGGUGAUCAAAAAAAUAACCUUUGAUUAACUAGUGUUAAACAACAACAAAAAAAUAGGUUUACUAAAUAUGUUAGUCCAUUCUUUUAACAUAAGCGUAACCUUUUAUUUUAAAGGUUUUCAACAACUUAGUUUUUAGCUUUUAUUUUCAGCCAUUUGCUAGAUUAUCUCUUUGCAAACAUGCGUAAAAAGGGAAGCAAAUUACAAAUGCAAAUAAUGUGGUAUUUUGUAACUCAAGUCUUGAAAUGUUCUGUAGUGUUAAGCAAAGUUUUACCCUUGCUUGAUACUAAAUAAACUUUUGAAAGAAAAUCAGUGUGUGUGAGAUUAAUUUUAUGCUUUAUCUUAUAAUAAAACUUCAUAAAUAGUAGUAAACAGGGAGAAAUGCUUAACAGUUACAAGCAUAAAAGGCUCACAUUAAACAUUGCACAACUUCUUCUAAACAAAAAUGGUAUAAACCUAAAUGUCUAUCGGUCUACUCACAAUAGAUAUAAAUGCUGUUUAAAGUAUCCAAAUGGUAUGGAUCUGCGUGAGUGCCACAUUAAAUCAAAAUACUUUUUGUUAAAAAUGGUUUAAAAUAGCUAAUGAAUUUUCUGAAAAAGAUGUGACUAGUUUUCAUCUUGUUGAGCAUUUUUUCACUAGUGCAACUUUAUGAGAAUUUUGGUACGUUAAUGACCACCUCGCUCCGUGCUGGAAGCAAUAAACACAAAGCUUUUAAAGACUUUCUGACUUGACUAAUUGAGGUCGCUUUCGUCAGAGGCAGAGGAUGUGUAACCCUUAAAACGGUCUUCAUUUGCAAAGGUAAAUAAAUCAAAUAAGAUUUUAAUCUCACUUAAUUUAUAACCAAUAAAAACAGGGAGGGUACAACUUAGAAAGUUUCAUUCUAGAAUGUAGGAAAGACUUUGAGGACACAUAAAUUCUCAUUUUAAAACGUUUAGUUUGUAUUAGUAAUCUAAAAAGCCUUAGCUUAGCUAGUUAAAUUUGGACAAACUAUUCCCUAUUAAACAACUGUAAAACCUCAUAACCAAUAGUUUGUAAUAUAUUAUUUUUCCAUAAAUUCUAGUAAUUUAAACGUUACAAAUGCUAUCUAAAGCUUUUUCUUAAUCAUUGAGUUGCUAUU